AUGACCACAUCAGGGAAUGCUACCCCACAUGGAUACAGUGUUUUACCUCCAGAGGAUAAUCGACCAACGUCUAGUGUCUCUCGCACUAAUACACACAAACCUGCAGACUCACAGCCAUCAUCAUCAUCUGCUUCACAACUUAUGAUGUUGAGUCUUCACAUUCAAGGUAAUAGUUCUGAGCCUAACACUCCUACCACAAAUCAGUCAGAUACACCUGGUCAUGACAAUACACAAGUUGGCAUGAGGGACAUGCAUAAUAGACUUGUCAUCGAGCCUGAAGGCUACACAACUGUUAAAAAUUUGUAUUACAGUUUCAAUCCAGAUGAUGCUGUGGGGAUCAUUUCUCAGGUAAUCAAAGAACUCUAUAGAGAUGCUUAUCCUACAUGGGGCAAGUUCCUUAGCAAUCUCAAGAGAAAAAUAUUUUUGGAGUUCAGGAAAAAAUGUGCUUGGCGCCCGGAACAUGAGGCCAAAAUUUGUGCAAACUUUCACAAGAAAGCUACGCAUACUCUUGCUAGUUUGUUUAAUAAAGCUCGUAGAGAUAAUAACAAACCUAGCUGGGUUCUACCGGAGGAUUGGGCAAAAUUACCUGUGCAUUGGAAAUAUGAUCCAAGAUUUAAGCAGAUCAGUGAGAUCGGUAAAAACGCAAGAUCAUCUACUAAGGGUGGUUCUUUACACACAAGUGGGGCUCAAAGUCAAGGAAGUGUGAGGAGGAAAUUAAUGUGUAUCAUUUUUCUUUGUGAAAAGGAACUAGGAAGACCGGUAACUCAAGCUGAGGCAUUUAAGGCAACACACAUUAGAAAGAAGAAAAAUCCUGAAGAUCCAGACGUGUGGGUUGAACCGCGAGCUGAAGUGACCUACAAUCGAUAUCUUCAAGCUUUGGAGGAUUUACAACAAACUCUGCCGGAAGAAAAUCUAGGCCUAAAUAGUUCAAAUCAUGAUGAAUCGAUGAAGAAAAAUUUGGCUAUGGAGAAAAAGAUUGUUGAGCUAUCUAGCCAAGCCGAAGAAUCACGGGCUAGGGAAAGGCGGUUGGAAUUACAGUUUGCGGGUCUUAAGGCUCAAUUCGAUGCACUACUUGCCCCAGGAGGGAUUCCCCCUUGUUCUGGUGAUGUCACUUUCCCUCCUCGACCUCCUCAAUCUCAACCUACUCAAUAUCCAAUGUAUGGUCAACAAAGAAAUAUGACACAUGAGUCUAGUAGUGAUGAAGAAAGUGAUUAUUAUGUGGCAAACACACUACCACAUUAG